CUCGAGAAACAUCAAACCCGCAAACUGAACCUUGGAAUUUCAAAGCCUCGUCUCUUUCCUCCGUUCCACAUUCAGCCUCGCCCCAAGCAAGACAAAUUAAUAACAAUAGCAGUCGAUUAAAAUUGCAUUUAUUUGUCCAAUUCAUAGAUUUGGCUACUGCUCGAUCAAAGCACACGAAACCUCUCAAACAAUCGAAUAAACCUAACCAUGGCCGCUCCAACGAACAAGGCCGGUGACAAGCCCGCUACUGAAACCGCGAAGCAAGAACAAUCACAACAACCCCAGCAGCAGAAACCUACUGCUGCGCUUGAGGAGGACGAUGAGUUUGAGGAUUUCCCUGUUGAAGAUUGGCCCGCAGAAGAGACCGAAGCAGCAACCACUACCAGCGGCGACGGCACCACGACACAACACCUAUGGGAGGAGAGCUGGGACGAUGAUGACACCACCGAUGAUUUCUCUACACAGUUGAGAGAAGAACUCAAGAAAGUCGAGUCGUCGAAGCGAAGAUGAAGAGAACAACCUACACCAUAGUUAGCUUCCAACCACAUUCGAUCUAAACGCGCCCCAAACCAGAAACGAGAUGGGAACCCGAACGAGAUAGGAACGGGAACGCAGGGCUAGAGAAGUAACGAAACUAAAUUGAUUGUAUUAAAUCCUUGGCUUUUCUACGGCAUCGUGACGACGCGGGAAGGGAAGUGAACAAGAUUACCUACGAUCAAUAAAUAGAUUGGCAGACUGGUAGAUACAAGGAUGCUUGGUGGAUAAUGAAUACCUGCUUAUUCCUACUCCUAACACAUCCGUGUAUCGCCUUCUUCCGUGUUGAUACCGAAAUAAGGCUUACCCAUCCCCAAAGUUGAGACAUUUCCUAACUUCGAAGAAACUAACACUACAGGCAUAAAUUAUGAUCUAAUACUUGUAUUUGGUAUUCCUCUAUUCUGUUUUAGCUACGUCAUACGUAAUGAACUCAACGCAUACUUCCUAACGUAACAUUAUUUGUUUGUAUGUAUCAAUAAGCACACCAAAACCGCAACAAUGAUGAUGUUAAAGAUACCAUCCG